CCGACUUGGGACUACACGCUAUACAACAGCUAUUUGACUUCGCACAACUUUCGAUAUACUACAGAGUUGUAUUGAUUCUUCCUGCUGGGUAUCCUGUGUCUCUUCAUGAACUCGGAUGUUUGCAUGUGGCACCAACGGCCGUGUCUGUCCCUUGCAGCUGCCUACCAUACACUUGGGCUUUUUUAUCGUAUGCCACCCAUCAACAUUUGUUUGCAAAGGCCAGCGGCUCCUAACUGCGUCAUUCUCGGGAAUCAUGUGAAAUCUGCCCUAUCCAUACUGACCUGCAGAUGCGUCUUUCCCAGGGAUACAAGAUUCGAGAUGCCCCCGCAAUUGGUCUACGGAAUCCUGCUCUCGAUCCCUAGACCCAGAGCACUGCAUAAUCACGGUAUAGCUGCACCGAUUCAGGUAAGUCAUUUCAUCUUGACACUUUAUCCAGCCGCCAAGCAAAUAUGGGACAUGAAAGAACCCGACUUUAUGUUGUUAUACAAAUACGCGGUACGUGUUUGUCUACAAAUUGACACUGCUAUCUUUCCCCAUAACGGAGCGGCGUAUCGUCCAUCAUGAACUCGAUCCUCCACUGCUCUCCAUGUCAGCCACAUUUAACAUGCAGUUUCUCGCACCCCUCCUCGCCCUCACUAUGAGUAUUCUGUCCCUCGCGCUUCCAACC